CGCUGGGGCGGGGGCGCGACGCUGUGGAACCCAGGAACUACGGCUCCCGGCGGGUAGUGCGCCGUGCCGACCCUCGCAGGCCUGUGGAGUAGGGCCCUGAGGCCCGCUGGGGGCUGGAGUCUCAAGGACGCGCACACGUGAAGAAGCGGAAGAUUGGUAGAUUCAUGUGGCCUUUUUAAUGAUUAAGUAAUGAUGGAAAUGGAUCCAAAAUAAAAAGUGACUUCUCUACCAAAGCAGUAGAAGAUUCUUCAUAUCACCUUCCAGUAGCUGAAUUCAGUUUUGGGGAAGAAGCAAAACAAGUGAAAUACAGAAAACUGAAAAAGAAGAAAAUCUCAUUUUGGAACUUCCUUGACUAUUCCUUACCCCCUGUCUUUCUACUUUUUAAAAUUUUGUUCUGAAUUUAUAAAUAUUGAAGACCAAAGAAAUAGAAUAUACAUUUAGGAGCUUUAUACCAAGAAAUUUGCCUUGAAAGCUGCUAUUCUUGGAGGGAAAAGUAUAUCAAGUUCCUGUCUGUUUUUUUUUUUUUUUUUUAACAAGAUUUCAUAUAUGUAUAGAUUUUAAAAUUUAAGACAAAUAUAAAUACAUAUCUGCACACUAUUUUUAGCAGUUGUGUAAAAAUAAUGACAUUUAUGUUUUAAGGGCUUUGUUAUGUGUUUAUUUGCCACUGGAGUUGAUUACUCAGAUCUUUUAUAGUGCUUUAAUAUUAUAUUUUUGAUCUGUCACCUUGAUGACAUUACUUGCCCACACAUGAGGCGACCUGUGUAGCUAUGACCUUGUUAUGAACAGUUCGCAUUCACUGUGCAAAUGUCCAUGUAUUACCUAUUUAAGCAUCAUCAUAGUGCCAUUACUCAAGGAAGUUGAAUGAGGUGAACAUAGACAUAGCUCUUUCCCCUUACCCCCCUUUUAAAUGUAACAAAUACUUUUUAUGUUCCCCUUCCCCCUUCCCCUCCCCCCUUCCCCCUUUUGGAAGCGAGUCAGGAACUAGGUAGUUUAGGAUGAGCAAUUAGAGGGACUCAGAAAGUGAGCCACAUAGAGCCAGGCUUCUUUGUGCUUCAUCACAAGUCGUGCUGCUGACCAGACUGCUUAAGCACCUUUUUAACAAGAAGACCUCGUGAGAGAGCCAACUGGUAGUGUCAAGGAGUUCGGAAAACAGGACCACAGAGUUUCACUCUGGGAUCCUGGCCAUGAGGUUGGAUGCCUCACCUUGCUGAAAAGACACUGGACCUAAAUGGCGCAGCAUGACUUUGUUCCUGCUUGGCUAAAUUUCUCAACACCACAGUCAGCUAAGUCACCUACAUCCACCUUUGAAAAGCACGGAGAGCACCUAUCCCGAGGAGAAGGUAGAUUUGGAGUGAGCCGUCGCCGACACAAUUCCUCUGAUGGCUUUUUUAACAAUGGGCCCCUACGAACUACAGGAGAUUCCUGGCACCAGCCCUCCCUGUUCCGCCAUGAUUCUGUGGACUCUGGUGUCUCUAAGGGAGCAUAUGCUGGAAUCACAGGGAACCUAUCUGGUUGGCACAGCUCUUCCCGAGGUCAUGAUGGCAUGAGCCAGCGUAGUGGAGGUGGCACAGGGAACCAUCGACACUGGAAUGGCAGCUUUCACUCCCGGAAAGGCUGUGCCUUUCAGGAAAAGCCACCUACAGAGAUUAGGGAAGAAAAGAAAGAAGACAAGGUGGAUAAGUUGCAGUUUGAAGAGGAAGACUUUCCUUCUUUGAAUCCUGAAGCUGGCAAACAGAAUCAGCCAUGCAGACCUAUUGGGACCCCUUCUGGAGUGUGGGAAAAUCCACCUAGUGCCAAGCAACCCUCCAAGAUGCUAGUUAUCAAAAAAGUUUCCAAAGAGGAUCCUGCUGCUGCCUUCUCUGCUGCAUUCACCUCACCAGGAUCUCACCAUGCAAAUGGGAACAAAUCGUCAACUAUGGUUCCAAGUGUUUAUAAGAACUUGGUUCCUAAGCCUGCACCACCUCCUUCCAAGCCCAAUGCAUGGAAAUCUAGCAGAAUGGAACACAAAUCAGGAUCCCUUUCCUCUAGCCGGGAGUCUGCAUUUACCAAUCCAAUCUCUGUUACCAAACCAGUGGUACUGGCUGGUGGCGCAGUUCUCAGCUCUCCCAAAGAGAGUCCCUCCAGCAUUACCCCUCCAAUUGAGAUCAGCAACUCUCGGCUGACCAAGUUGACCCGCCGAACCACUGACAGAAAAAGUGAGUUCCUGAAGACUCUGAAGGAUGACCGGAAUGGAGACUUUACAGAGAACAGAGACUGCGACAAGCUGGAGGAUUUGGAGGAUAACAGCACACCUGAACCAAAGGAAAAUGGGGAGGAAGGCUGUCUUCAGAAUGGUCUUUCUCUCCCUGUGGUAGAAGAAGCGGGGGUCUUGUCACACUCUCUGGAAGCAGAGCACAGGUUAUUGAAAGCAAUGGGAUGGCAGGAAUAUCCUGAAAAUGAUGAGAAUUGCCUUCCUCUCACAGAGGAAGAGCUAAAAGAGUUCCACAUGAAGACAGAGCAGCUGAGAAGAAAUGGCUUUGGAAAGAAUGGCUUCUUGCAGAGCCGCAGUUCCAGCCUGUUCUCCCCUUGGAGAAGCACUUGUAAAGCAGAGUUCGAGGACUCAGACACAGAAACGAGUAGCAGUGAAACAUCAGAUGAUGAUGCCUGGAAGUAGGCAUAUAAAUGCUCACAGUUAAUCUGACCCAGUAAACUCAGCUUGUGUGUUUAGGGAAUAUACAGAAGAAAUCGUUCUUUUUUCCUUUUCCUUCUCUUAAUGUUGUUGAAUACUUCAUGCACAAGGGAAAUAAUCAUAUCCCAAAGAAAGAGCAGUUGGCUUGUUUAGCUUUUGUUGUUGUUCUUCCCUGUUACCUGCUUAAUAGAAGUUUGUGUGGUGGGAUUUUUUUUUAAAUACACACACACAGUACAUAUGGGGCGAUGCACAGGUGGGAGCUGGCAGUGCAGAGAUGCAGAGAGGAGACACUGGUCUGCAGCAACAGCUUCUACUACCAGCCCUUGGGGCACUCACCCCCGUGCUCAAGCAAUCAUUGUCAAUGACAAAGUGACUAUUGAAGUUAUAAUUGUAUUAAAUUAAUGCUAAUAAUUUGGAUAUUUUAUUUUAUUUUUGGCUGCUCGGGUAACUUUAGCCCUUAACAAAGCAUAUGUGGUUUUUGUUUGUUUGUUUUUGUUUUCUUUUUCCUUUUCGGGUACAGCUGUAAAAUAUUUGGAUAUAGGAAAUGUUGUGUUAUUCUUGCAGCCUUGAUAUUCAGGGUGGAUUGUAAAAUAUAAAUUUUUGUGAGAUUUCAAAGAUUAAGAUUAUUUUGAUAACAUUAUUUACAGAUUUAAAAGAUGUGGUUAUCACAAGUCUGUUGAGGGGAAAAACUACUGCAUAAAAUAACUAACUUGGAAUAAAUAUUUUGCAUCAGUUUAGA